UGGAUUGAAUCCUGUUGUUUUAAACUACAUGACAAACAUUAUGGAGUUCAGUCUUUCAGAAGUUAUCAACAGUUUAAUAAAUAACAGACCCUCUCCUGCCCUGUCUUCUUAUUGCUUGUUGUUGAAGAAACUGCUCAGGUACCAGAAAGACCGCAAAAGAGCUCAGAGGGAACAUGAAGCAGAAAAAGACAGUAUUAAUUCUGAUAAACAGCAGAAUAAGGAGUCAGAAACUAAGAUUUCCCAGAAGGCUGAAAUGGACACCCUGGAAAACCUUGGAAAUUAUGGCAGUAGGGAAUUUCCUACUGUACUAACCCUGGCAAUGCAGAAUGCUAUUCAAGAAGAUGAGAUCACAGUUGUAUUGGAAAACCAAGAAAACUUGUCAAAAGUUUCCAAGUUUGCAGGAAGAGAGUUGGUAAGCUGUGGGCCUCCUGAGUCAUCAAGAAAAAGUAUGCCAUUUGAGCCCAUUUAUCAGCCACGUUUGGACUCUCAGAACAAUCAGAAUGAUUUUGAAGAUUUGACAGAGGCCAGAAAACCAUGUCUUCAUGAGAAAUACCCAUUCACAACAGCAAAUAAGCAAUCUCCCUUUUCAAACAUCCAAGCAAUGACAAGUACAAGCAAAAUACUUCCAUGGUCCCUGGUGAAAAACAGAAUUACUACCAGCAGUCCUUUGCCUCGUCAGGACAGGAGGUUUAAACACCUUCUGAAGACAGUAUAUGACAAUAUUCACAUCCCAACACAGAGGCAACUUGAUAAAGACGGUGCUGAUCUCCUCAUGAUUAAUUGUCCCCAGCAGUCACCUUUCCCUAGGCUGCAACAGGCUACCCUGAGAGAAACCCUACCUAGGAAGAUUUCCUUGCUGGGGACAACACAGGAACCUGCAGAUACCUGCCCUCUUGUUACAGCCAAUGGUUCAAAACCACCAAUUCUUCCCAUGCCCCAACAGCAAAAGUUUAUCAUUAGAAAUAUGAAGCAGUUUAAAGAAAACCCAACUCAUUUUUUCAAUAAUCAAACUAAGAAAAACUUAAUUCAGCUCAGACACAUACCUACAAUUACAGAUGUGAAUCUUCCAGUUUUAUGCCCACCAUACCAAACCAGGUUGGGGGAAAAAAGAGAAAUUCUAAGGUUAAAUUUUGCAUAAGUAAAACACCCACAAAGCAUCAGAAGAAAAAAGGGUGAAGGAGCAGGAAAGAAACAAAGGUGGACAGAAAGAGUGAGCAAGAAAAGGAAGGCAGGAGACAUGAAUCUAAUCUUAAAAUGAGAAUCCUCCAAACACAAAAGAACUAUAUGAUUAAAGCUGUGUAUUUAUACUCUGAUAUCAACCAAAAACCAUGAUACAAAUUUUGUGGUGCACACCAAAGACACAGAAAAACAGAUGUUACUGUAGCAGAUCAACAUCAUAUAUAUUUAGGCACAAAAGCGGACACUGAAGGCAAGAAGAUGUGAUUUUAAAUAUUUGGUACCAAUACAUAUAUUAUCCUAAACUUGUGUUACUUGUACUUAUGCAUUUCAUUAAGGAAAUAAACCUGUGAAGGCAAUUUUCAUUAAGCUGUGAACAUAAUGCAGAAAGUAAAAGGCCAGCAACUAUGAGGGAAUAAACAAUUUGGAGGGGAUUGCCAUGACACACAAAAUAGUCAUGGCACUGAUAAAUAAUUCAUUUGUUUCUUUGCUUGAUUAUUAGUUUUAACUGUGUGUUUUCCAGCUAAUGGUGACUAUGCAACCUAGGUCACUUGAAAGAGAGUUACUUGCAUUUUCUCUGUAAUUUUAACAACUUGAUUAGUAUUGUCUAUUUGUAACUGUUUGCCUUUGCAAUGUUUGUGCCUUAUUAUUGAAA